UUUUUUUCCACUUUGCAGCAUCAGUAGUAGCGUAGAGCCAGCCUCCUGUGAAUGUACGGUGGUUGUGGCUGUAGUUUUUUAGGAACAGGAUACGCAUAACGACAGCGAAGGAAAAAAACAUAGCCAUUCCUCGGGGAUUUGUGAAAGGGAAACUCAGGUCUGCAUUUAUUCGUGUAAAGGACGACAAACAGGUAGACGUAGCUGAGGCAAGAUGUCAGCCCGAGGAGGAAAGAAGAAGACCACCAAACUGUCCCGCUCCGCCAGAGCAGGGGUCAUCUUUCCUGUGGGGAGGAUGAUGAGGUAUCUACGCACAGGGACCCACAAGUACCGCAUCGGCAUGGGGGCACCCGUCUACAUGGCAGCCGUCAUAGAGUACCUGGCAGCUGAGAUUUUGGAGUUGGCAGGAAAUGCAGCAAGGGACAACAAAAAAGGAAGAAUAACUCCUCGGCACAUUAAACUGGCUGUAGCCAACGACGAGGAGCUCAACCAGCUUCUCAGAGGGGUGACCAUAUCAAACGGAGGGGUCCUGCCUCGCAUCCAUCCUGAGCUGCUGUCCAAGAAGAGGGGCAGCCGAGUGAAAGUGGACACUCAGGUGACAGUGCCAGAGAAGAGGGCGGAACGUGUUAAGAGCAUCAAGAAACCCACCACCAAAAAAGGCAAAGGUAAACCAGGCCGCAAGCCAAGGAAGAACACAGAAAACGACAAAGAAACUGUUGUAGCCAACUCAACAGUGGAAGAUGGACCAGGUGAUGGAUUCACUAUCCUCUCAGCGAAAAGCCUGUUCCUUGGACAAAAGCUUUCACUAACAGAGAGUGAAAUUAGCAAAAUUGGAACCAUUAAGGUGGAGGGAAUCAUCAACCCCACAAAUGCAGAGAUGGACCUCAAAGAGGGAGUGGGCAGUGCCCUGGAGAAGGCAGGGGGGCGGGACUUCUUGGAGGCAGUGAAAGAACUGCGGAAAGCACAGGGACCUUUGGAGGUAGCAUCAGUUGCGGUGAGCCAGGCCAGUGGGAUGCCAGCUCGUUUUGUCAUCCACUGUAACAUCCCUCAAUGGGGCUCAGAGAAGUGUGAGGACCAGCUGGAGAAGACUGUCAAGGCCUGUCUCUCUGCUGCAGAGGAGAAGAAACUCAAGUCUGUUGCCUUCCCCUCACUUCCUGCUGGCCGGAAUGGAUUCCCAAAGCAAACAGCCGCCCAGCUGAUCCUCAAGGCCAUCUCCAACCAUUUUGUCUCUGCGACGACCUCCUCCCUGAAAAACAUUUACUUUGUACUGUUUGACAGCGAGAGCAUCGGAAUAUACCUUCAGGAAAUGGCCAAGCUGGAUGCCAAGUGAAGACGAGCUGGAGAAAUGCUCGAUUUGAGGUGUUUUUUAAACGGUUGCAGUUGUAUUUCAGAUGGAUCUUUGUUUUUUGCAGCUGGUAUAGUGUGAUCAAGGUGCUGUCAUUAGGCGUUUUUGACAACAUUGGAUAGCCCCCGGAAGGCGUAAAAAAAAAAUGUGAGUGAAGUACUGUACGCAUUUAUGUUACACUGUCUUCCUUUUACAGGAUUGCAUUCUUUCUUUUUAGACUAGAUUAAAUUAAUAAUCCCCAUGGCUUGUCAUUCUUAUCCCUUAUUUACUGAUAUUGUUUUUACAUUCCAUGUACAAAGACAAUUUUGACAGUUGUUUUUUCUGCUAGAUUUAUUCUGCUAGAUACAGUUAGUUUACUAAGAAAAAAAAGUGUUUCUCAUUCUGCUUUCAAAUAAAAAUCCAGAUGUUUUACA